AUGCUUAGUGACUGCAGCGCUUUUGUGGUCGUUCCAAGGUUCUGCUACCGGUUGCACGUGGGCGCGUCGCCGCCCGGAGCGUUGCAGUCGUCACGACGGCGAGUGGCUAGGUUACGGGAGCGCUCUGCUGGCACGCUUCCCUGGGCACGUGCAACAUUCUGCAAGGCUGGGUGUCGUAUUGGCAGCAGCAGUUGCAGCGUGUUGCUUCGCUGGAAGUCGUGCUUUCUUGCCGGUGAGGAGCGUUCGCACCUCCGCCAGCUCGGAAGCUUGGUACAACAACCGGGCGCUCUCCGUCAGCACGUAAGUAUGAGCUUGUUCUCAACGCCUGCUCAAGUCAGUUCUUAUGAAAUAAUUGAGUCAUAUCCACACGACCCGAGUGCGUUCACGCAAGGCCUCGUCUACGCUGAGGCGCCGAUUCAUUCCCCAGACGAGGCCGAGUGGACGAUGUUGCAAACCUCGACUGAGGUCUUUUACGAGUCCACCGGUCUUGUGGGGGAAUCUUCACUGCGCUGCGUUCACAAGUUAUCAGGGAAAGUCCUAAAAUGUGUGCAGGUCCCGGCACCGCAUUUCGCUGAGGGCCUCGCGCUCGUUCCACGACCCACUCGGAUGCUGUUCCAGCUCACGUGGCUGACCCGCACAGCCUUCCUCUACGACGGUGUAUCGCUGAAACAGGUGCGGGAAAUACCGUACGAUCUCGAAGGCUGGGGAGCAACCUAUGAUUCCAAUCGCCAUUGCAUCUACACGAGUAAUGGAACCGACCGAAUCCAUAUCGUGGACGCAGACACCUUCGAGAUCCUGGACCAAGUUCGGGUCCGUUCGAGUCCGUACAAGUUCUCGCGCUCUUGCCCGACAUUGUGGUACCUGAACGAUCUCGAAAUGAUUCCCGAUACUGACGAGCUCUGGUGCAACGUUUUCUUCAGUGACUAUGUUGCGGUUGUGGAUCCAGCGUCAUGGGAACUGAAACGAUGGAUUGACCUGCGCGGUUUACUCUUACCCGAGCAUUGCCUGCCUUGCCAUGAAGUGGAUGUCUUGAAUGGACUGGCCUGGGACAGAAAUCGGCAACUGAUGUACGUGACCGGGAAACGCUGGCCGCGAAUGUAUGCCAUUCGAGAACGCCCAUAG